CGCGGAAGUACUUCAUUUUCAAAAAUGUACAGGCAUGAAGGUUAGACAGCUGAGCGGGGUGGACUCAGUGUGAUUGAUCCUGUUCAGAGGAUCCACUCUCUGGGAUGGAGAAUGGGGUGGCACCCACCAAAGGAGAGGGCUUCCUCUCCAGGAUGGCCCUCAAUGACAACAAGGCUGGUAUGGAGGGUCUUGACAGGGACAAGAUCAACAAAAUCAUCAUGGAGUCAUCCAAGGGAUCUAGGUUUUAUGAGAGUGAGCUGAAGAAAGAGAAGCAGGUGAACCAACGCAUUGAGAAAAUGAUGCUACAAAAGGCACAGAUCACAGAACAACAGUUGAAGAAAGCCAAAGCUCAGGUGGAGAAGAUGGCCAACGAGUUUGAAAGGAGUCGCAAUCUCAGCCGUGUGAUUGUACAUGUGGACAUGGAUGCUUUCUACGCUGCUGUGGAGAUGAGAGACUGUCCUGAGCUGAAGGACAAGCCCAUGGCUGUAGGAUCCAUGAGCAUGCUGUCAACAUCUAACUACCAUGCCAGGAAGUACGGGGUUCGAGCUGCCAUGCCUGGGUUCAUUGGGAAGAAACUCUGCCCCAACUUAGUUAUUGUUCCAACCAACUUUGAUAAGUACAGAGCUGUGAGUGAAGAGAUCCGGGAGAUUUUUGCAGACUAUGACCCUUACUUCCAGCCAAUGAGCCUGGAUGAAGCCUAUCUGGAUCUUACAGACCACCUGGAGCAGAGACAGAGCUGGCCAGAAUCCUCACGUACUCAUCGCUUCCGCAGCAACGCUACAGGUGAAGAGCAGACUGAGCUUCCCCAGGUGACAGUGCCAGAGGAAAAUGACCUCUCUCCAGUCCUGUUUGAGGACAGCCCGAGCACCUCUCUCUGCUUGUUUGACUCUGAAGGUGUCGAUGCUGCUGGUAGUGCAGUCGAGGUGUUUGGGACGUCUGUUGAGGAGGCUGUGAGAGAGAUACGCUUCCGCAUUGAGCAGAAGACCAUGCUGACUGCCAGUGCAGGAAUUGCUCCAAACACGAUGCUUGCCAAGGUGUGCAGUGACAAGAACAAACCCAACGGCCAGUACAGACUCCCCUCCACUAGAGAGGCAGUCAUGGAGUUUGCCCAGAAUCUCCCAGUUCGCAAAGUGUCUGGCAUAGGGAAAGUGAGCGAGAAGAUGCUGAAUGCUCUUGGCAUCAGUAGCUGUUCUCAUCUUGGCCAGCAGAUGGGGUUGCUGUCGUUGCUGUUUUCGGAGACAGCCUGGCAUCAUCUCAUGCAGGUUUCCCUGGGUCUGGGCUCCACGUGUUUACCUAGGCAUGAAGAAAGAAAAAGCAUGAGCACAGAAAGGACAUUCAAAGAACUGAGUAAUGUUGAGGAGCAGUUGUCUUUUUGCAGGGAGCUCUGCGAAGACUUAGCAGAAGACAUGAAGAAAGAAGGUCUAAAGGGUAAAACGGUAACACUGAAGCUUAAGAACGUGAACUUUGAGGUAAAAACCAGGGCGCUGACGCUGCCCUGUGCUGCUGCUACAGCAGAGGAGAUAUUUGCUGUUGCUAAGGGCCUACUGAAAACAGAAAUUGACAAUGAAAGCCCCCAGCCUCUCAGAUUGAGACUCAUGGGUGUAAGAAUCUCCGCCUUUGUCAGUUUGGAUGAUAAAAAGCCCCUACAGAGGAGCAUUGUUGGCUUUCUCAAGCCAGGCCAGACAGACUCUAGCGGCUCUCCCCAAGAAAUGAAUCAAAAGCUUGUGAAAAAGGAUCUCUCCAAUCACUCAGACCAAACUGGGCCACUUGCUUGUCUUCCCCUUGUGCAGAAGUGCCAGAGACAAGAGGAAGUACCCUGGGGGAGUAAGCAGAGGGGGUUCGAGGGGGGUCAGACUAGUGAGGAACCCAAACAGUCAUUCUUCCAAAGGGCUCAUGCCAAAAGACUCCAACUCCAGGCAGCGAAUGCAAGCACACAAAAGGAAGUAAAUGGGGAGAAUGGUUCUGUUAUUACGUCCCCAGGCCCGUGUGGUGAAAAGGGUGUAGAGUCAUCAACAGAAGCAAACAAUAGUGACCAUACAGCCUCUGAUCCCUCAGAAAAUGACCUUGUCUCCCCCGUAGAGGCCCAUGCAUCCACAUCAGGCUGUGGCGGCACAGUGUCAGAGAGCCUCACCUGUCCGGUGUGUUUCAGGCAGGUGGAGACCACUGAUUUAAAUGUCUUCAACAGACAUAUAGACCAGUGUCUCAGUGAUUCCUCUGGAAAGCCAAGCCAAUGGACAGUUUCUGACUCAGAGUCAGACCUGGACCCAGAGAAGGACCAGAAAGAAUGUGAAGAGUUUGAGUCAAACAGAGUUUUUUUGUUGAUCAAUGGUGACAAUAAAACUGUGACCUCGCAACAGCCUCGGUCAUGUAUUGAUAAAGGCCCCGUCCUCAUCUGCCCCGUAUGUCAGCUGACCCAGGAUAAUGAUGACCUCAUUAUCUUCAACCAACACGUUGACCUCUGCCUGAACCAGGAGGUCCUUCACAAGCUGGGGGGGCAGACAUCAUCUCACAUAAAUCCACCUUCAGUUAUAAAAAGCAAAACCAUAGACAGAAACCGUCUCCUUCCAAUACAAGCAAGUAAAGGCAAAACCAAAAGACGGGACUCCCCUUCAUCUUCUCCAUCCAAAAAGGCUAAAGGCCUUGGUCCUCGCAACACCAUUGACAAGUUCUUCAGGUGACAGUUAUGCACGAAGAACGUCCAUCCUCAUCCGGAGGAACUGAAAAAGUUUUCUUCAGGAAAUUGAAAACACUUCUCCCCUCCUGCUCCACUGGGCAAUUUUUAAUUGCACACAAAGCCAUAUUGAAUUUUUCUCCUCAGAAAUCUGGUAUUAAUGAAGUAUUUGCACUUAUAAUGCAGACACAAGAAAGGAAAUUAAAGACGAAAAAAGACAAACUCUGUAUUGGUUUUUUGCAAACUAAUGGAAAUAUGUUUGCCAGUUUUAUUUCCUGUUUCUGUUACUCACUGAAGAUAGGUGGCAUGUUUUUUUAUUUUACUGCGUCAUGGAUCAUAGGGGUAUAUAUUGAUACUGAUGUGCCUGUGUGAGUUUUUCUAAUUUAUCUUCAUGAAGUUCUUUUUUUAUUCAGAUAUUUGCAGUCAUUUACAGGUGUAUUUAUUGUGUUGUACUGUGUAUGUUUAAUAAUGAAGAUAAGAGUAUC